UUACUAUAUUAGUGACCUACAUAGGGUUAUCCAUAAUUACCUGUAAAACCCUAGGUAGUGCACUAUAGGUCUGAUUCUAUGUCAUUUGGUAUAAGAGCCGAUUCACACUAAAGCUGUGGUGGUCGUGGAGAUUAAACGAUUUAACAGAGAAGACUCUUGAGGAACCAUGGGCCGCUCCUCCAAAGACAAGCGCGAUAUUUACUACAGACUGGCUAAAGAGGAGGGCUGGCGAGCCAGGAGCGCCUUCAAACUGCUGCAGCUGGACGAAGAGUUCAAUCUGUUUAAAGGUGUGAGACGAGCAGUGGAUUUGUGUGCCGCACCGGGCAGCUGGAGUCAGGUUCUGAGCCGCAAACUCCGAGUGAAAGAGUCGAGCGAGGAGGUGAAGAUUGUAGCAGUGGAUCUGCAGGCGAUGGCGCCUUUACCCGGAGUCACACAGAUUCAAGGAGAUAUCACUAAGAUUUCCACAGCUCAGGAGAUUAUCAGGCACUUUGAGGGCCAGGCGGCAGACUUGGUGGUGUGUGACGGUGCCCCUGAUGUUACAGGACUGCACGACGUAGACGAGUACAUUCAAGCCCAGCUCCUUCUCGCUGCUCUGAAUAUCACAACCCACGUUCUAAAGCCUGGAGGCAACUUUGUGGCCAAGAUCUUUAGAGGGAAGGAUGUGACGCUGCUUUAUUCUCAGCUCAAAAUCUUCUUCAGUACAGUGACCUGUGCCAAACCACGCAGCAGCCGGAACUCCAGCAUCGAGGCGUUUGUAGUGUGCCAGAAUUAUUCACCCCCUGAAGGUUACGUCCCCAACAUGUCUAACCCACUGCUGGAUCACUCGUAUGAUGUGGAUUUCAACCAGCUCGAGGGACCGAACAGGAUAAUCGUUCCUUUUCUGGCGUGUGGAGACCUCAGUGCGUUCGACUCGGACAGGACCUACCCACUGCAGCUGGACUCGAAUAAGGAGUACGAGUAUUUGCCGCCCACACAGCCUCCGAUUCGACCGCCAUAUCAGCAAGCCUGUCAUUUACGCAAAAACAACCUGCUGGCCAAAGAGGACUCGCCUUCUGCCCCACUAGAGGGAGCUCUUUCCACCAUGAACCUCGAAACCCAACUGGAAACUGACAUUGCCACACCUGAAACUCACUGAACACUUGGCACUCUCUCACAGACAUUUUAUUCAAGACCUUAUGGUCAGUUUUUUUAAAGGUGAAAGUUUCGUUGAUAUAUAUAUAUAAUCAGUGUGAUCUAUCACGGAUUUUAAUGAUAUUAGUGUUUUUAUGUAUUGUACAAAUAAACCAUUGAACCUUCA